AUGGCUUCUGGAAAACCCUCAGUUGGCUUUGUUGGCCUCGGCGCCAUGGGAUUCGGCAUGGCUACCAAUCUAGUCAAGCAAGGAUAUCCUGUCAAGGGCUACGACGUCUUCGCUGCCUCAGUCGAGCGCUUCAAGGCAGCGGGUGGAAUUCCCGCUGCUUCUUUAAGGGAUUCUGCUGAACAAAGACAGUACUACAUCUGCAUGGUCGCAUCAGCGCCGCAAGUGCAGGAUGUAUUGUUCAAUCCAGAGACCGGCAUCUUAGAUGUGCUUCCACGUGGUGCAACUUUCCUUCUCUGUUCGACUGUUUCGUCAGCUUACGCGCAGUCGGUCGAGAAGGAGCUGAAGACCCGUGGACGCGAUGACAUACUCUUUAUCGACAGCCCAGUAUCCGGAGGUGCUGGUCGAGCAGCGGAUGGAACACUCUCGAUUAUGGCAGGUGGAAGUGAUGCCGCUUUGGAGAAAGGAAAAUUCCUUCUGCAGGAAAUGUCAGAUGCGAACAAACUAUACAUAGUACCGGGUGGCAUUGGAGCAGGCAGCAACAUGAAGAUGGUUCACCAAGUCCUUGCAGCCAUCCACAUUGCUGGUGCCAGUGAGGCUAUGGGUUUUGCGGCGCGGUUAGGGUUAGAUGCCCACGCCGCUGCGGAUGCAAUCGUCAAGUCGGAUGCAUGGACGUGGAUGCACGAGAAUCGUAGUAAGAGAAUGCUGGAAGAAGACUGGAAUCCAGGUGCAAGUGCUAUGACCAUUAUUCUCAAAGACGUCGGCAUCAUCACAUCUACGGCACGCCUGCACACAUUUCCCACGCCUCUCGCCUCAUCAGCAGAGCAGCUCUAUCUCACCAGUCUCGUUCAUGGCUACGGUCCCAAGGAUGACUCAUCUCUUGUUCGCAUGUACACUCCGGACUCGCUGGUCAGCGUGAAAUGUACGUUGUCGCCCGAAGAAACAGCGCGUAGACUCAAGAUGGUCACCACGCUCAUGCAAUACACCAAUAUUGUGGCUGCUGCUGAAGCUGUCGCUUUUGCUCGCUACCUCAAGGUAGACAUGAAGCAAUUCUUCGACUUGGUCAUCAAUGCUGCGGGAGGCAGCAAGAUGUUUAAUACGCUGGGUGUGGCCAUGGGUGAGGGUAUCACCACGGGAGAAGCAGCAAAGGGGGCAUUGCGUAUUGACAAUAUCAUCAACGAGCUUAGUCGUAUUGUACAAGAGGCAAGAGAUCUUUAUACGCCAUUACAUCUAGCCACGGAGGCACUGAACCAGUAUAUACUUGCGCAGCGACGUGGAUGGGGAGGGGAGGCAGCAACGAGCAUUAUCAGGGUGUGGGAGAGUUGA